GCGUCCGGGAUCCCUCCCGCGAGGGGAGGGGCUGCGAGCAAAUCUCCCGCCAGCUCCGCAGCCGUGUGCCGAUUGGCCACGCCGCGGUGAUGCCGGCUCCUGAUUGGCUAACGCACCGAAGGUAAAAGCGCCAGGCGCGGGAACCGGUGUUGAGUCUGCAGGGCAGCGACCGCUGAAGCUUCUACGAUUUGUUAACUUCCCGGAGGCGCCAUGAGCUGCAUCAACCUGCCCACUGUGCUGCCCGGCUCUCCCAGCAAGACCCGGGGCCAGAUCCAGGUGAUUCUCGGGCCCAUGUUCUCAGGAAAAAGCACGGAGCUGAUGAGAAGGGUCCGUCGCUUCCAGAUUGCCCAGUACAAGUGCCUGGUCAUCAAGUAUGCCAAAGACACUCGCUACUCCAGCAGCUUCUCCACACAUGACCGGAACACCAUGGAGGCGCUGCCGGCCUGCCUGCUCCGGGACGUGGCCCAGGAGGCCCUUGGUGUGGCUGUCAUCGGCAUCGAUGAGGGGCAGUUUUUCCCCGACAUCGUGGAGUUCUGCGAGACCAUGGCCAACGCCGGCAAGACAGUGAUCGUGGCCGCGCUGGACGGGACCUUCCAGAGGAAGGCUUUCGGGACCAUCCUGAACCUGGUGCCCCUCGCCGAGAGUGUGGUGAAGCUGACAGCCGUGUGCAUGGAGUGCUUCCGGGAGGCGGCCUACACCAAGCGGCUGGGCACGGAGAAGGAGGUCGAGGUGAUUGGUGGAGCCGACAAGUACCACUCUGUGUGCCGCCUCUGCUACUUUAAGAAGCCGUCGGGCCAGCCUGCUGGGCUGGACAACAAGGAGAACUGCCCAGUGCUGGGCAAGCCGGGGGAGGCCACGGCUGCCCGGAAGCUCUUUGCCCCUCAUCAGAUCCUGCAGUGCAACCCUGCCCACUGAGGGCCUGCAGCCCCUCGCCUCUCCUGCUGCUGCCCCCUAGCGGACGCCAUCCGCCCUGCUCACCGUGUGGUCUUUGCAGAGGAGGAAGUCGGGAUGGACACCCUGAGCAGAGCCAGUCUGCCUUUGGGGCUGGUCUCCACACCCUCCCUCCUCACAGCUCCCCUCCAGGUGCUGGGAGGCCCACCAGGCUGGAGCUGUUCCUGCAGUGGCUUCUGGUCUGGCCAUGUGCCGACCCCUCCACCUUUGGGGUGAGGGACAGAGCCGCAGGCUGUUGUGACAUCAUGCUGCCGCUCCUUCCCCUUUUGUGGCUUUUACUGUUGAGUUUCUGUUCUCCCAGGAGGUGCCAGGACCCUGGGAGGCGGCUGCUGGGGACAGGCACCCCUCUCCAAGGACAGCCUGGACUCAGUCCUCCUCCGUCGGGCUAAAAGCCCAUCCUACGCACCUCGGCUGGUGGUUUUCUCCAGAAUGACCACAUCUUCCCCUGGGGGGCAGGCUCCAGGAGCCAGCUCCCAAAGUAGGGGCUGCAUCUCCAGCUGUGAAGGAUGACUCACAUUAAAGUUGACUUGGUAAGGCA